GGUACCGGGCGCUGACGAAGGCUCCGGACGGGAGCCUCUGCCUGGCCAUGGAAUUCGGGGGGGAGAAAUCCCUGAACGACCUCAUCGAGGAGCGCCGGGAGCAGGGCCUGGGAAUGUUCCCGGCAAACACCAUCCUGCACGUGGCCCUCAGCAUGGCCAGGGGCCUCCAGUACCUGCACACGGAGCAGCGGCUGCUCCACGGCGACAUCAAAUCCCCCAACGUCGUCGUCCGCGGCGCCUUCGAGACCGUCAAGAUCUGCGACGUCGGCGUCUCCCUGCCCCUGGAUGAGAACCUGACAGUGAGCGAUCCCUCGCUGUGCUACGUGGGCACGGAGCCGUGGUCGCCGCCCGAGGCGCUGGAGCCGGGCGGGGCCAUCUCGGACCGCGCCGACGUCUUCGCCUUCGGCCUCACGCUCUGGGAGAUGCUGGCCCUGAACGUGCCCCACCUGCCCCCGCUCCGCGACGACGGAUCCGACGAGGAUUCGUGCUCGGAGGAUUCCCUGGACGAGGCCGCGUACCAGGCCGCGCUGGGGUCGCGGCCGCCGCUGCCCGCGGAGGCGGCGCGGGAGCCCUCGCAGCGGCCCGUGCGGGAGCUCUUCUGCGCGUGCACCGCCCGCGAGCCCCCGCGGCGCCCCCCGGCGGCCACCAUCGUCACUGCGCUGCUGCAGCUGCGGGAACAGGAACAGCAGCCGGGGGGAGAGCGGGAAUGA